AGAAGGAAAUCAAUUCUUAAUUUUCGCCUUUCCAAUUAAUAAUACAAGCUGAAUUCAGCUUGCAUUCUGCAUGUUGCACAUUGCGCAAGCCUUACUGCGCACUAUACAGCUGCGCACAGGAAUUGCAAUCAAUAUAAACAUCAAUCAAUAACUUCACGCGGAUUUCCUGUUGCAUUUUUGUUCCUUUGUUGCGAAUGAUAUCUGCUAUUUAGAGCAGUCCAAUGAAUUGUAUAUGUUGUGACUUACCAACAGCGAAAUUACGAAUCGAGCGGUGCUUGUAAGCGUACAAUGUUCAGAAAAAUCGUUUUCCACCGUUUAUUACGCGGCCAGCAAGGAUUUAAGCUGCAAUUUUUCGUCUCGAUCGCUGUUUUGGUGUUACUGUGCGUCUACCUAUUUUCCCUGCUAACAGAAGUGACGUAUAACAAAAGAGCAACAGAUACUGAAUCGGGCUGGCAGAAAAAGCCUUUGUCGUCGUUGGUAACUGUUGUGUUUCGGCAGUUCGAGGAAGCGGACAAUGAUGUUGCCGACAGCGUCCUGUCGUUCGUAUCGGCCUUCCCGGAUAUGCAGGUGCUGGUCGUGUGCGAGAGGAGUCCGUACCCCCCGAUCGAGCUUCCCCCUACCAACAGCUCUUAUAGAAACGUAAAGAUCUUGUCUCUCGACUACGAAAUCGAUUCCUGCCCGUACACCUCGAGUCCACUGAGUCCGUUUAAUAUCGAAACAGAGUAUACACUUUUUGUGCCCGAUUCAGUUCGGGUAAAACCACGGGUCUUGCAUCAAGCUGUGAUUGAAGCCAACGCCAAUCCUUUACAUGUCAUAGCAAUUGGAAUCGGUUUCCAUGAGAUCAAAUGUCAAAGAAUCUGCUGGAACUACAGAGACUGGACGCUAAAGUAUACUAAGGAUUCAACAGGAACGAUAUGCGACGCCGUCACAGGUCCACAUGCGCUAUUAAUUAAAACUGAAUAUCUGUCAAAGGUGCCAGAUCCGAUUGCGUUGCCGUUUCCAGAAUCAUUAUAUUUGCAGACAUAUGUGAAGAUGGCCAAGGUACAAGUACUCUAUCAUACAUUUGGACCGGGACGUAAAGUCUUAAAAACAUUGCCAGAAAAACAAAUAGUUGCUGAAAAAGUGAAAGAGCAGAGGUCGACAUUCUAUAAGAAAUAUAAAAUGAAGAUUGUUGUCGGAGAAGAUGGAACAGUACACGAAUAUGGAUGUGCUAAAGAUACACCGAGAUGUUUUCCAACAGUCAAAGGCAAACCUUCCUACGUCUACUCGGAUAAACACACUCCGCCUUGCUGUCUCCGAAAUAUGCGUGAAGUUACGAAACACGUUCUGGAUGUACUGGAGCAAGCUGGUGUCAGAUGCUGGUUGGAAACAUCAUCUCUGCUUGGAGCUGUGGUAGAUGGAAAUGUCCUAGUCUGGGCAGAUCAUGUUGAGUUGGGGAUUUACUCUUCAGACAUAGAUCGCGUACCGUAUUUGCAGCGAGGUGGGACUGACGCUGACGGCUUUGUGUGGGAGCGCGCCACAAAAGGGCAUUAUUACAGCGUUUCACUCUCGGCGAUUAACAAAGCGAAUGUAUUGAUUCUACCGUUCACAUCACAAAACGGUACCAUGUGGCCUGCCGACUGGGUCCUGGCUCACCAAAGGGAGUUUCCGGAACGCCAUUUGCAUCCACUUGCCCAGAUACCCUUCGCCUACGUACAAGCACCGGCUCCUAACGAUGCACACGCUUUCCUGGACCUAAAAUUGGGGCCGAAUGCUGUCGAAAAAUAUAAAAAACUUGGAGCGAAACUUCUCUAUCCUUAAAUUGUAGUCGAUCUAACUGUCUUAUUUUUAAAUGGAACUGUUUAGAUGUCGCGCUAUUACAAUUUAUUAGAUAGAACAGUAAGUUCGAGAAAAUAUCUGAACUGGCGACUUUUAGGGGGAUAUUUAAUGUAUUGCAUUUAUGAGUCAGAAAACAACAGUGUUACGUUUCUGAAAGCACAUUGGCAUUUCAUAUUCUUUUUAAAAAUAAGACAUUAAUUUUAUGUAUCGUAAUGUCUUCAUGUUUUAAUUACGUCCCUGUGAUAUUGAAACGCUUAUAUAUUUUUUCCUAUGAUAAUUUUGUAUGGUUGUAAAAUCUAAAUUUAUUUAAAAAUGUAAGAUCCUGUUGACGUAUGUUUUUUUAAGUUACUCUAGAUCGGAAAAUGAGGUUGGCCUUUUAAUUAAAUAUAAGUGGUGUUGUAAACGCUUAACGUGCUAUUUGAUUGAAAUGAUCAAUAAGUAGGUUGUGCCUCCUUAGCGCCUCUCUCUGUCAUAUCCUGUUAGCACAAAAACUCUAUUGAAUAUUUCAAUUAAAAUAGUUUUUAAGGUAUUAAAAAAAUAAGGACGUUUGAAACGGUCUCAAUUUGUGACGCUAAGAAUGAAUGUUUGUUGUGAUCUUAGAAUUUGUGGCGAAGUGGAAAAUGUUUGUGAUUAUUAUAUAUUUCGAUUUAUUGAAGCAUUUACUUUAGAGUUAAGCUAAUAUAUAUUUUUACUAGCUGACCCGGCAAACGUUGUGUUGCCUUAAAUAAGAUUUCUAGGGAAAUUCUACUGUAGAAAAAAAAACCUCAUUUAACCACAUAAUACCUCAUUAUAAACAAAAAAAAUAUAUCCAACGAAAUUAAAAUAAAAAAUAAAUGUUUGGGGUGGACAACCCUUUUCACUUAGGGGUAUGAAAAAUAGAUAGUAGCCGAUUCUCAGACCUACUGAACAUACUAUUGAUACAAAAAUAAAACCAAAAAAACAUAGCUGAAAAAUGUAUAGUAUUGUAUAGCUCUCAAAUAUAUUAAGUGUAUAAUCUAUGAUGUAUAGUGAGUAAGUAAGACAGGAGACCGGCUUCGUCUUCAUCCUGGCGACACCUGGCGGGGAUAGCUUAUCGAUUGAUAGUUGAUCAGUAGUCGGCGAGGGCGGGAGAUCAAAUUCAAUUUAAAAAACAUUAAUUAAAGGAACUUGAAAUUAUAAACUCUGAAUAAGAAUUUAUCAUACUACAAUUAUAAUAUUUGAUUGCCAUCUUGCAACCUUAUUGCGGAUCAGUGCAUAGAAUAAAAAAAAUAUUAAUCGGGAUGGAAAAAUAGGGGUUGAUCGUAUAAGAGUGAAAAUUGAGAGUAAUAUGAUUUUUUUUAUUUUAAGUCAUGACAAAACAAAAUAAAAAAUUUGGCAAAAAAAAAUUAAGUUUAUAAUUAGCAAAUAAAAAAUAAGGGUUGAUCGUAGAGGGGUGAAAAUUAAGGGUUGUAUGUAUUUUUGUAUGUUGUAUCAUAAAAAAAUAGAAAUUAAAAAUUUUGUCUAAAAAUUAAAAAAAAAAAUUUAGGGGUGGACUACCCCUAACAUUUAGGGGGAUGAAAAAUAGAUGUUGGCCGAUUCUCAUAGAUACCGGAUAAGCACAAAAAAUUUCAUCAAAAUCGGUCAAGCCGUUUCGGAGGAGUAUGGCAACGAAAACUGUGACACGAGAAUUUUAUAUAUUAGAUGUAACUUAUUUUGUGAUAUCUUUAUGACUUUUUUACUUGGAACUAUCUUCUUUGUCGAGUAGGACAUUCUAGAAUAGUCGUUGAUAGAAUUAAAAUGUGCGACAAUCUAAAGAAUUUAUUCUAUAAUAGCCGUAUUGAGCAUUUUAAAUACUCUUAUACAAUGUUCGUCGAAAGUAGAUUCAACUAAAGUAGGUUCGUAGAAAAACUCAAUGUUUAGAGAUUGCAUGAUCAGUAUUUUAAAAAAAUAAGAAAGAAAAACCAUAAUAUAUUUACCUAAAGUAGAUUAAUACGUGUUUAAAUAAAAAUAUGUUUAGAAUGAAGAAGAGAAAGAAAAUAUGUGUUUAUUAGAAUUUAUGGAUGUAAUUGGAUUUGUAUUUGUAUGGAUGUUUUAGGUGAAGUUUGUCCUAGAGCGUUUUAUGCAGUCGCUGAAAAGCGAAGAGAUUUCGGAAAGUUUGCAAAGCCACGUGGAAACAACACACACAGAAAUCUGUUAUUGUCUGUGCUGAUCAAAAAUAUAUCGAAUGUAUAAAAUCCGAGACAAUCCAUGGUUGUUGAAUGGAAACGAAUUCAAAAGGUUAAGUUAGGACAUUCUGUGUAGUUAAAACUGUUCAAAUAAAAUAAAUCAGCAUUA